GCGCUAGUGGUCAACUUCAUGUCAAAAACCGCGUGUUUUGGGAUUUUUUUGUGUGAAUUUGCGAAGGUCAGGGAAUUUUCCUCAGUGAAAAACCAAAGAAAAAUGCAGUGAGUUUGUUUUUGUGUGUUGGUGAAUGAGUGCAUUUCUAAGUGGAUUUUGCAGAGUGUGCAGGAGAGGCAAGUGAUUAAUCGUGAAGAACACGUCAGUAAACAUCGAGAAUUAACCAAAGUGGAAUCUAACGAGGCAACGCAAUGAACAAAUUAGUAUCCAGUGGUCUUGGAGCAGUUCAGUCCGCUAAAAUGGGUUUCCGGAAAGUGUCUCACGUAAUAUUCGACAUGGAUGGGCUGCUGUUGGACACAGAGACCCUCUACACCAAAGUCACCCAGGCAAUCCUGGACGAGUAUGGUGAUGGGCAGACGUACACAUGGGAAGUGAAGACGUCACUGAUGGGCCUGCAGCGUGAAGAAGUGGCCAAUCGCCUGGUGAAACUUUAUAAUUUGCCCCUGACGCCUGAAGAGUAUAUGGACUUGACCCUGGAGCACAUCCGGUUGCUCAUGGCUGAUUGCCAGAAGAUGCCAGAUACUGAGGGAAUUUAUGAGGGGAUAAUAGGCGAUAUAGCCAAGUCCUUUAAAAAAACAUACGCGCGGGAGACACGUUUGAAAGUUCUGGGGACCACUGAACAAAAGACCGCCGAAAUUGUUGUGAAUGAUUUGGGUUUGCCAUGUUCAGUGGCUGAAUUUCGUCGGAUUUUUAGUGAUAUGGGCCAUCAGCGUUUGGGCAAUGCUCCUAUCCUCCGAGGUGCUGAGAAACUUGUCCGUCAUCUGCACGAUAACCGAAUCCCAAUUGCUCUGGCCACGAGUUCGAGUACUGAAUCUGUCGAAGUAAAAACGGCUAAGCAUCAGGAUCUUUUUAAGCUCUUUCAUCACAAAGUAAUGGGAUCAUCAGACCCAGAAGUUAAAAACGGAAAACCAGCCCCUGACAUCUUUUUAGUAGCCGCUAAGAGAUUCCCUGACAAUCCCUCUCCAGAAAAUUGCCUGGUGUUUGAGGAUGCCCCUAAUGGAGUCAAAGCCGCCAGAUCAGCAGGAAUGCAAGUUGUCAUGGUUCCGGAUGAAAAUAUAACUGAUGAUCUGAAGCAAGGUGCAACAGUUGUCCUCAAAUCCCUUGAGGACAUUAAAUUGGAGGAUUUUGGUCUUCCACCUCUGCCAGCGUGAAUGGCACAAAAGAGUAAUCGAGAAUUCUUGUCAUGAAUAGCACAUUAAAUGUAAAACCUCCUUAGAGAUGAUCAAAGAAAUAUAUUUUUCUGUGACAAA